AUGAAACACCAUUUUGAGUUAGCUCGCAUGUUAUCGUUUUUCCUCUGGGGAAGUUAUCUUUUCCACUGUACCACUGCUUCAGAAGGUAAAUAACCUAAUGCAAGUGUCUACGAAGUUUUCGGGCUAAAUUUGCUUUAAUUAUCAAUCUUGGUCACUUGAUAAAUUCUCGAGGUUUUGAGAGGAUAGACAACCUUUCCCUUCAAUAUCUCAAGUAUUUGUAUCUGAAGAUGUUAAUUAAGCACCUGUUCUUCCAGGGGCUGGAUUUUUCUGAACGUAAGAUAUUUAUUUUGUCGUUAGAAGACGUAUUUGUGCUUAUUUUUUUACUACUGGAUAAACUUUUAGAAUGCGAAUACACGUACCCUCUUGGCAUGGAAAACGGUGCAAUAUCUGACAGUCAAAUUAGCGCCUCUUCCCAAUGGAGCAGUAGUCUUAGCCCCAAAAAUGGCAGACUACAUCAUGAACAAGGCCCCGAAAAAGGAGGAUCCUGGUCAGCGAGGACAAAAGAUGAUAAACAGUGGCUGCAGAUUGAUCUGAGAGAUCAACAGACCAAAGUUACUCGCGUAGGAACGCAGGGAAGGAGUAGAAAUCAUCAGAGGGUUACAAAGUACAAACUGCAGUAUGGUAAUGAUGAAGGAAGCUUGCAAUAUUUCAAGGAAGAAGGACAAAGUGCUGAUAAAGUAGGAUUGCAAAUUUCAUACGAAUGUUCUCGUAUACCUCCAUACAUUUGUUCGUGCAUGCAUUUUUUCGUCAGAAUAAUUAAAAUAAUUUUAAAAUGUGUUUAAAAAGAAAGAGUAUCAAGUGGACCACAUGUACAUAAGGUUUUGAUAUCCUUAGCAAGAUCAGUUGGAAACAUAAAUGAACCGAACGUACUUGACAGCUUAACUAGGGGAAAAGCUCUCAGAAAAGAGAAUUAAUUCCUCUUGUCAACCCCUUAACACCCAGAAGUGAUCAACACUUAACUUCUCUCCUUAAUAUCCAUACAUUAUCCAUCAAGCAGUUCAAGAGAAUACUCAGACAAACUUAUCAGAUAUGAGUUGUUAUCAUGAUAUGACACCAAAUUCUCAUAACUGUUAUUUACAUGGAAAUGUAUUGCAGCUAUUAGGGAGAAUCACCAAUCAGAUCUUGGGAGUUAAAGUGUUGAUCAAAACUGGCAGGUCUAAGCUGCCAAUUCUUGAAUUUUAUCCACUAUCAUUAUUAAUUCUUAAUUUAUCCUAUUAAGGAGUUUAAUGGAAACACGGACAAAGACACCGUUGUGGUAAACGUUUUAAACCCACCAAUCACUGCGCGCUACAUUCGUUUCCGACCGGUAGCUUGGAAAAACCAUAUUUCAAUGAGAGCAGAGCUGUACGGCUGUCAUAGAGGUAAACGAGGUAAGUACUAAAAAAAAGAACGACCUAAAACCACCUAAAACCACCUACAACCACCUACAACCAUCUACAACCACCUCAAAAAUUUCAACAACCACCUACAACCACCUCAAAAACAUCUACAACCACUCGCAAACUAUCUAAAACCAUCUAAAACAAGGCAUAAAUGUUAAAGAACUUUACUCCUAUCGUUGCUUUAAUAUCACUAUUUAUCCCACUUCUUUGCAGAUUCCUGCCGAUCUCUGAAAUUCACCCCAUCAAUAGAUGGCCGCGCCCUCGUGGGUCACGUGAUUAAAAACAUUACUUUGCACGUGGGUAUGCGUCAUACCUGUAGAGGAAAGUGUGUAAUUGAUAAUAGCUGCGCAUCAUUUAACAUCGGUCCAUCAAUAAACGAUCAAGUGCUAUGUCAGUUGAGCGAUUCUGAUCACGUCAGACAUCCUGAAGAUCUGAAACCACGAGAUGGGUUUACCUACACUGGUACUGAGGUAAGAUUACCCAAAAAAUCACGUAUACCUCCAUGUAAUUCUGCAGAUUGUCUGAUGACAGAGCUGAGAAAGAGGAUCACUUGUCGAAAACUUUUGUUGGAUCACGGAGAGAGACAAAAGCAUCCAAACUUAAACAACAGCGAAGUUUUCCGCCCUGGGUAAGAGGUUACUGGUGUGGUCAAGGUUACAAAUUAAGUUACAGAGCUUUUCACCCCGAAAGGCAGCCAUGUUGAUACUCUGCUGCGAAGUAACGUACACAAAUGUAGUUCGAUCCCAAAAAUGUACCAACUUCAGUCCUCACACUUUGGUGAAAAGCUUAGACCCCCCUUUUUUUCCUCUGUUAACUGAAAUUACAUGGAUGGUCAUCAGCGUUAAGUUUUAAUCGUUUUGAAAGCAUCUGGAUUGAUUUAUCAACAGGAUAACAAGAGUUAAUUUUAGAAGAUAGCUCACGCUGGUACUUCAAGUAAUCAAUGAAACCAUCUAGGUGGAGGGGUUGUGAUGUAACUUUUUUCCCAUCAUCGGUUUUAUAAAGAGCUUAAGAUAAUUUAUCCUUCACCUUUUUUGUACCUAUCAGAGCCCUUGCUCCAGUGAUCCUUGCAUGUUUAAUGGGACGUGCCUGAGGGGAUUUACAUACAAAAAAUACCUCUGUGUGUGUCAAGAUGGUUAUUGGGGAGAAAACUGUGAAAGAGGUGAGGCGUACUGCGCAUGCUACACAAGACUCAGUUUUGUUCGACACAAUGGCGAAAUAAGUGAGCAUGCUUGUAACGCGCGAGAAAUUUUACGUGUGCAAAGGAAUGGAAAUGAGAGUAUUUCUUCAGUAACAGUAUUGCGGAAAAAUGACGGCAUUUUAAAAAUUUCCAUUGUUUGCUUUCAUUUUGCAAAACAGAUAAGAUCUUUGGAAACUUCCCAGUCACAUAUCUCACUCAACAGAAAAAAAUUUUGCUGUCACAGAUGUGAAUUUAUGGACUAAGUAGAGCAUCCGUAACACGGUAACGAAUUUUGUAGCGACUGCUAUUGCCUUUGCUUUCUGGCUAAAUUUAAAACUGCUUACGAUGACCUUUAAUUUAAAAAAUGCUUCCUAACCUUCAGACUUUUCCAUAAGAGCAACCUCCAUUAAUUGUUUACUUGUUUCACAUUAAUUACUAUCCAAAAAAGUGUGAAACGAUUUUCUGUUCGUUCAUCAACGAAAAUCAUUCACGCUAGAGUCACAAAACGCUCCCUGAACGCGCCAUAUCCGCCGAGCAUGCGCACUCAUUCCGCCGCUGUACAAUAUCGUUUUGUACCAUAUAUUCAGUGCUUAUGAAAUAUAUCCUAAUCAUAACUCAAUCAGGUAAAAGAUAUGAGUUCCGGAAUGUUUAAUUCCUUGACAGACCACCCUUGAUUAUCACUCAAAGCAUUGGACUGAUGAAAAUGAGACAAUUCUUGAACACUUCCUUCUCAAAGAUCUGUCUUGGUAUAUAGAUCGACCCACAGCUCAGGUUCAUUGUCACCAUCAAGCACACCAACUCUAUUUACUGGGUCGUGACUCGUGAAAGUCGCUUAUUGGUUUACAAGCAUCUUUGUAGUAUUACUGUGGUAAGGAAGGAUUCAGUGCUGAAUGCUUAUAGGAGAAAUGCUCAAGCAAGAAUUUCAUGGUCGCUGACAAUGAAGAUGACUGCUUCUUAUGUGAUUCUAGAAUCAGAUUUUGUAUUAACUGUUUUCCGAACGAUAGUAUCAAGUGUGGAAAUUUUUCCUCAACAGAUAAUGGCGAAGCGAACAUCAGAGCAAUGGGCUUCAUAUAAAUGCAGUGACUGAAAAGUGCUCAGAUGCCUUUAAAGCUUCUACUAUGAAAGCCAUUUCCCACUGCAAAGAACAGUGUGCUCUCUCAUGGUGAUUUGAUUCCACCCAUCUGCAUUUAUCUGAUUCCACCUAUAUAUAGCAAUUGAUCUUAUCUUUUUCACCCCAAGCUAACUAACUGUCAUGACGUCUAUCAGACAAACAGACAGGCAUGAAAAGUCCUUCUGAUUGUCUCUAGUAUUAAGCCCAC